AUGGAGAUUAUGCCGCGUAAGAGGAAGAGAAGAGCGGGCGUGACAAUAACGGGAACUCCGGAGCGAUCUUACGGUGACUAUAACGAAGACUCGCCGGACUCUGACGGUGGUCAAGCCCUAUUUGUUCCGCGGAAAAGGCAGAGAACGAAGCGGAGCCGAAACGGCGGCGUAUCGAACGGCGGAGAAACCAUUGGCGGCGGCGGCGGCGGAGGGGGGAGAGAGCGGAGACCGCCUCUUAGGGGAAAAGGGGAACUGGGGAGCCCGGGAAGUCCGGAAGGCGAUGUAUCGGGGGAAAGCGGAGACGGGGUUGCACAUGGGGAGCGGGUUAGGCGGAAGCGUAGACCGAGCGUGAAAGCGGGGGAAGGAGCGGAAGGGAGAGGGGAGAGGGGGGGUGACGGGAGGAGAGAGAGAGGAAGGCAGGGAUUGGCUGGUUUGAGGAGGGAUAGGAGGGGGAAGAGAAGGGAGGAAGAUGGGGAUGGGGAGGGGGAGGGGGAGGAUUUGGAAGGGAAGGGGAGGAGAAGAGAGACAACGAUGGGGGGAGUGGAGAGGGGGCAUAGGGUGUUGGCAGGAGAGGAAGGAGGGGAUGGUAAUAGCGAGGACGCCAAUAAGGAGGACAGUGGAGAGGAGGAGAGGGGGAGUGAGGAGGAAGGGAGUGGAGAGUCGAGUGGGGGGGAGCGAGAGAGUGUAGGAGGAAGGGGAGGUGGGGGGCGGGCGCUGGGUAACAGGGAGGGAGGAGAAAGAGAGGAGGAAGAGGAUGGGGAGGGUGGAAGGGAGGAGAAAUACGUUGAGAAGCGUCGUGGGAAAGGGAAUAAGGGGAGACGUGGAGUAGGGGAGAACGCAGAGGGAGAGGAGGAAGAGGAGGAAGAAGAACGCGGAACAAGAGGGAAAGGUGGGAGGGGUGGAAAGGGGUCUAGGGGAGGUAGGGGAGGUGAUGGAGAGGCGAAGAGGAGGAGAAGGCGAGGCAAACGGACUGCUGAUGCGAGCAAUGACGGGGAGGAGGGGAUGGAGGGAGAGGGGGUAGGGGGGUCUGUGGUUCGGAAGAGGAGGGGGAGGAGGCCUGCUGCAAGUCCCUUAGAGGGGGGAGAAGGAGGCGUGAUACAGUCACGAGCAGCAGCAUCGCCUGCCCCAAAGAAGAAAGGCACGCAGGAUAGGCGUGCGGAUGGGGGGGGAGACGGAGAGGGGCGAAUAGAUGCAGACACGGAUUCUGAAGAGACAACUGAGUCGGAGGGAGGGGAUAAUGAGAGCGAGGAUGGGGGUGCGGAGCAGGAGGGGGAGGAGGGUGGGGAGCAGGAGGGGGAGGAGGGUGGGGAGCAGGAGAGGAAGGAGCAGGAGAAAAGGGCCGUGGAAGGUAUGUCAGAGCGGAGAGUGAAAGGUCAAAGUAGAGAGCGGGAGGAGCGGGAGGAGGAAGAGAGGGAUGAUAAAGAUGCGGAAAGGGGUGAAGGUGGGGGUUUGGGGAAAGAGAAGGGAGGAGGAGGGAAGGGAGGGGAGGAAAAGAGAGGCUCUGAGCAGCAAGAAGAUUCUGAUGACGAGGAUGGUGCUGAGCUGGCAUCUGAUAACCCUGAGGUGGCAUUGGACGAAGCUGACGACGCAGAACCGGUGAUUCUGGACAGUGGGGCUGCUGCUGACGUGUCCACGCCCUCUGUUGAGCUGGCAGGGGAAGGGAGCGGGGAGGAUGUGACUGAAAUGAGGGAUAGAGAAGGGGAGGAAGAGGAAGAGGAGGUUAUGGAAGUGAGUGGGAGGAGGAGGAGCACAGACGGUGCGGAGGAGGUGGUGGUGGUGGAAGAGAAGGGGAGGAGGGAGGGAGGAGGUGGGAGAGCAAGGGACAGGCAGGUAGUUGACUUGGAGGGAUAUGGGAGUUCGCAAAUUCAAGAGAUUCAAGACACUCAGGAGGUUCAGCAGGAGGGGAAUGAGGGGACUGAGGAAGUUGAGGAUGAAGGGGAGGAUGAGGAGGAGGAGGAGGUUCAGGAGGAGGGGGAGGAGUUGCAGGCUGCUGACGUGGAUGAGGAGGAGAAUGACGUGGAUGAUGACGUGGACGAUGAUGCUGCUCAAGAGAAUCAGGAAGACGGGGGAGCGGGUUCGGGAGGUCCAGGCUCGGGGAAGGGUCAGGAGGAGGGCGGCAAAGGGAAGGCGGGAGAAGGAGCAGGAGGUGGGUCAGGAAGAGUUGGGAGAGAGGCAGGGGAGAAGGAUGAAGAGGGUGAGGAGGAGGGUGAAGGGGAGGAGGCGCAAAGGGAGGAGGGGAACGUUGGUGGUGGUGGUAACCGCAUGGUGGAAGGGACAGUAGAGAAACCUGCGAAAGCCCCGUCGAGCAUUCCGAAGAGAUUUCUCAAGGAGUUGAGGGAGCUUCGGGAAAUUAGUGGGAUUCCCGAGCCUGCUUUGGCCUCGGAUGCUGCCGAGCCUAGAGAAGGCACUCAGGCUCGGAAUGGGGCUGCAGCAGGCUCGGCGACACGUGGCUGGGUUCCUCCGAGUGUGCUUCACGAUCCAACCUCCAUUGCCUGCUAUGUGCCGACGAGUGGACCACAUGUUCCAAAGCAGCUGCCACAGGAUGUCAUGAGUUUGGGUGUGCACUUGUUUGCGAAGAGCCCUGGCGCAUUGUUGUGGCAGCAGCAAGCCAAGGCAAGGGGAGGAGGAGGCUCCAUGAGAAAGGAAAAUGUGCCUUCUAUCACCAGUUACAGUUCUUUCUUUGUAGGUUUAGAGAGCCAGAAGUAG